CAGGAGCACAGUAUGCAGAGGGUGGAGAACGCUCCCUGUCCUGAACUGACCUGCCCCGAGUCUGACCACAUCACCCUUACAGACCGCUGCUGCAAAGUCUGCAGAGGUCAUCAUUUCUGUGUGGAGGGCCACAGUCCCAGCUGUGUGGAGAACUCAGAAUGUGUGAACCUGGAGGCUGGGUCCUGCUGCAGCUGUAAAGAUGGCUACCGCGCCCUGAGGGAUGACAGCGCGUACUGUGGAGGUGCAGUACUCUUACUACAACAAUGGCAUCACUAAACCAACACUCAUUUA